GACGUUGCGAAGUCCCACCCUCAUCGGCUCGCUCAAACAAACAUGGCGCUUGUAGGCCAGGGAAUAACAGGAACUGCACAGUUAGAAGAAUCGAAAGAUGAAACUGACAAUCAGAGUGUUUGGUCAACUAUCUUGAGCCAAGUUCAAGCCAGUUCACCAAACAAACUACCUUCAUGUAAACUUGUGCUAAUUAUGGGAGAUGAUGAGUCUGGAAAGACUUCUCUUACUGCUAAAUUACAAGGAAAUGAAGAUCCCAAGAAAGGCUCUGGACUCGAAUACCAUUAUAUUCUUGUCAGAGAUGAAUACCGAGAUGAUCAAACAAGACUCGGGGUUUGGGUUCUUGACGGAGAUUCAUGGCACAGAAAUCUCCUUAAGUAUGUAGUGAAUGAGGAGUCCUUCCCCCACACCACAAUUCUUCUGACAGUAUCCAUGACUCAGCCAUGGAAUAUACUAGAGUCUUUGGAGAACUGGACAGCUAUCUUAGAAGAAAACCUCAACAGACUGAAGCUUGACCCUGACAUUUUGGAACAACAAAAGCAGAGAAUCCUGAAACGAUUUCAAGAAUAUGUUGAGCCAGGUGAUGAGGUUGAAAGUGUAACACCUCUAAAAAAAGGAUCAGGAUCUGAAGAAGAAGCCAUAACGUUACCAUUAGAUGAAAAUACAUUAACCGAUAACCUUGGAGUUGAUAUAAUUGUAGUAGCUACCAAAACUGAUUACAUGUCCACACUGGAAAAAGAAUAUGACUACAAAGAUGAACAUUUUGACUUCAUUCAGCAGGCAUUAAGAAAGUUUUGCAUGAGGUAUGGUGCCUCAUUGGUUUAUACUUCUGUAAAAGAAGACAAGAACUGUGAUAUUCUUUAUAAAUACCUAGUCCACAGAAUAUAUGGGUUUCCAUUCAAGACACCAGCUCUAGUAGUUGAAAAAGAUGCAGUAUUUAUACCUUCUGGGUGGGAUAACAACAAAAAGAUUUCCAUUCUGUAUGAGAACAUCACCUCAGUUAAUCCUGAUGACCGAUACUCAGAUGUCAUUAUAAAGCCAAUUAUUCGGAAGGCAAUGCAAAGAGAAAUGGAAGUUACUUCUGAAGAUGAUCAGGCUUUCCUAGUAAAACAGCAAGCUCUUCUGAGCCAACAAGUGCCAACUGCUGGUAGAUCUCAAGAAUCACCUAUCAGGAGCUCAUCAGGAGUUCAAAAGACAACAGAUAGAAGGUUGUCUGGCUCCACCACUGGACAGGGCUCACCAAAAAAGAUCGAUGGAGCCAAAGGAGGUGCUGGAAGUGAAGGGGUUUUACAAAACUUUUUCAAUAGUCUGCUGAAUAGAAAGACAGGACCUGGGACAGGAUCACCAGGAUCGCUCCGAACUCCAGAGAAAUCAGCAGUGAGGAAUGAUGCUGUUGCAGAGUUAGAUCGUAUGAUAAGAACUAAAAAACCUCUCGGUCCAAAUCAGGUGGAUAGCCCUUCGUCACCAAACUCGACUGAUGCGAGAUCUUCAUCCCCAGGGCCACAAUCUUAAACUUAAGAGUCAAUAUGAAUAAACUGUUGCCAAGGAAAUGUCAUUAGGAGGGUACAAUUGCUUGCAAUAUUUGGCAGCUUUGAAGCUGCUCUUAAAAAAGGCACAUUUUUAAUAGAUAUGUACAUUAUUGAAAUUACCAUCAAAAUGAUGCUAAGCAGCUGAUGUAUUGUUGCAAGCAGCCAAUCCCUUCAGUCUAUCCUGAACAUUAAUAGCACUUUUUUUUUUCCUGGAGAAAAAAGCAAGAAAAUAAAAAUGAUGAAUAUUUCAACAAAAUUAAAAAUUGUAGGUGACCUUAAGUAUAUGGUUGUUGAUUUCUGGUAUUAGAGAACUCUUCCCAACGAAGGUGGGUGUAAAGUAGAAACUAUAAUAAAUUAAUUCAGUGUUUUUUUAAAGCAGAAAACAUCUUAAAUCUAAUACUUCAAAGUAGUUGAAUCUCCACUUAGAUGAAAGUAUAUAAAUAUUUAUAUAUAUAUAUAUAUCAACAACAGUCAUGGCUCUUAUUCAGAUCUAUGAUUAUUUCCUCUUAAAAAAAAACAAUUUCUAAGUUCAUAUUACCUAAGUAUAUCUUUUAUAAAUAGAAUUAAUUUUUGGAAUUCAAAAUAAAAAAAAGUAUCUGAGUUACAGGAAAUAUUUGAAAUAUUUCUUCCCAAUCAAUGUUUUGUUUCUAAUAGUUGAAGUUUUGUAAAGCACAUAAAGUAUAGUUAUUUAAGGUAUUCACUAAUAAUGCAGCUUUUCAUGAUUAUAUUGCAUAUCCAACUUAUUGGGAAGACAUAAGUUUAGAUGAACUAUUCUUAUGUUCAAUUUCUUAUGUAAAUUUUUAUAGCAAAACAUUUCAUAAUAAAGGUUCUGUUUGUUGUUUUA